AUUAUCAUUCGGAAUGCAUUCUUCAUAUACAAUGAUUAUUUUUCUUUAAAUUCUGCUGAUAGAACUUAACGAUUUCAUCCAUCUGGGAAAUGUGAUUGACAGUUAAGCGUCAACUAUAUGCCCUUCGUUCCGAUUCGUUAACCAUACACACAUCAGAAGUUUUGACAUAAAAAUCGGAUGUCGAUUCCCCUCCGUAACAUUACGGCAACCAUGUAUCUGGGGACCAUUACAACGACGCUCAUUGUGAUCCUGCUGGUAGAAUGCAUCUCUGGACAGUCUGUCUCACUCUUUCCCUAUACGAAUGGAAAUAUACCAUAUAGAAGAACACAAAGAAGAUUUAUAAACAAUGUUUCCGCUAAUUUUGCACGAAGGCAAAAUACCCGUUUUCCACAGUUUACAAACAGAAUGACUUUAGACCCAUGGUGGCCUUAUUCAUCAAGACAAAGCGCCAUUCGUGAGGUAGAAAGGCUUCAACGCAUCAUACAAGAAGCACGGAAGAACAGACCUGUUUAUGAUUACAACGGACCACUGGAAAACUUUCUUCCCCUACCCAUAGGAGAAAGAUUCAAACCGUCACCUUUCAGAGAUAGCAGGGCUAACAAACCCCAACUUCCGGUGGGCCCACUCUCCAAUGAAAUAAAAUACGCAGGGGACUUAAUCCGAGCUAAAGCAGCAGCCGGUUACUAUGGCGACAAGCCUCUUUUUGAUAUUUAGUUUCAACUUUGUGGUGACUGUCUACAUUCUGCAAUCCAUUCAUUGCAUAAUAUUUAUAUUAAUUUUAUGUUAAAGUUGUUGCAGUAAAUCGCUGGAUCUCCGGUAUAUUUCGUCGUGUUUCGUUUUCGUUUUUGUUUUGUUUGAAGAGGAACAAUAUCUUUUCUGACUAAUUAAAUAUUAACAUAAAAUUUAAAUAUGAUAAUUAGAAACUGACAAACAUAUUUGUUCAAUAUUAUGUAUAUGUAAAUAUUAAUAAUGUGAAGUUCAUGUUCUGUGUGCUGAAUAGUCGUGUUGCAUGUAUCAUCCUCGUUGGUUUCUAGCCAUGGUGUAUUUCUUUUUUGUUUGUUUAUUUGUUUUCUUGCGCAAGCAGAUUCUGUUUAUUUAUGUAUAAUUUUUGUUAAAAUUUUCAUAAAAAACAUUAAAGUAUAAAAUUACA